GUGAUUGUGAGCUGAUUGUAUCGUGUCGUUGCUAGUGUGAUGACUGUGAAGUGAGUGACGUGAUUGUUUUCCGAAUAGUUUACACAACAACUGAACUUUACUCGCAUAUUUUUUAUACGCAGUGUUGUGGAAUAUAAUUACAUCUAUCUUAAUAAACGAUUAUUACGUAAUUCAUUUUGACUUGUAAUUGCGCGAGAAAAGUCAGUCAAUAUAAAAUCUAAAUUGCGUCAUAUUUUAUAUGGUUGUUAAAAAAUAAUGUCAUCACAGCUUAUUUUAAAAUAAACACAUUGUUUCUAUAUUCAAGUGAAUAUUCGGUCUGCUCCGACCACAAUCAAAUUCAGUGAAUAUAAAUAAUUUUGAUGAUAUUAGACGAUUUUUGGGAUAUGCCUCCACAAAAGCGCGGGAGACGGGGGGUUAGUGAUGCAGAUGAUGAAGAUGAUGACUACAGGCGACGUAGAGACCGCAAUAAUGAGGCAGUCAAAAAGAGCAGAUAUAAGUCUAAGCAGCGGACGCAGGAAACAUUUACACGUGUAAAUAAAUUGAAGGCUGAAAACCAGAUGCUAGAAGAAAAAGUAAAAACAUUAACGAAAGAUCUCCAAUUUCUUAAGGAAUUAUUUAUGGAAUAUGCGUCCAAUUCACAAGACCCUAAAUUCGAAGGUAUAGAUCUAGAGAAACUUCUAGAAGAUGUGCAAGAUGACAAGAAGGAUGCGAACAGCAGUAAAUCAUAAACAUAGGACAUCAUAAGAAGAGAUCUCAUAUCUAUAUUAUGCAAUAGGAAUUAAUAUCACAAUUAUUUAGUACAUCCAUUUUUAUAUAUAUAAAUGGACAUAUUGAAUGAUUUAUCUAUAAACACAAUAUCAUGUGGAUAAAUCCAGUGUGAUAUUCGUAAACAGUGGACUUUAUUAGUUCAAACAAACAACCCAUUAGAAAUAUUAUUCACUUACAAUGUAUAAGUGAAUGUGAAAUUAUAACGUUAUCCAUAUAAGUACUGUAAUAAAAUAAUACGUAAGUACAAGUUGUCGAUUAAAUCUAGAAUUACAUAGAAUGAAUUAAAUGUACAGAAUGUCUGAUUACUAAGUAACAUGCUCACAUACGAUACGAUAACACUUUUACGAUUUCUAUAGACUAAUGUAAAUAUAGUAUUUUUUUUAUAUAAAUUUUUUUUUUUUUCUUGUUACACAAGAAAUGAGGCUCUGGUCUUUUUGUGAAGGUUUUUUAAAACAAUUAUAGUUUUUUUUUUAUUGUCUUGUUAAAGUGUAUGAAAUUAAGAAAGGUAUAAUAUAUAUAUAGAAUAUGUGUAUUUUUUUUCAUCCAUUAUAUACUUA